CGUAGCGAGCGGAUGCACUUUGUCGGUUUUUCCUCCACGUGCGACGGCGCUUUCUGGUGGCAAGGGAGUAUCUGCAGUGUAGGUAGAGUAGGACGGUGAGCAAUCGCAGCUCAAUUGUGGAUUCGCGAAAUUUGGAAAAUACUCAGUCCGCACUGUGUACGAGUUGUGUGCGGGGGUGUUUGACGUAGAAGGACAAGGACGUACGUUUGCUGUUUAAUCUGUUCGCAGGAAGCGCCUGGUGAAAGUGGUGAAACAGGAGCAGCCAGCUGAGAGAGACUCUCCGGUUUUGCUUGUGGAAAAGCAGUGAGCAGAAGAGAGCGUGCGAUGUUGUGUUAUUUUUCGGUGAAAUGGGGUGUAUGUGGAGCAAAAAGCUAAUUAUCGCUCUGUGAGGAGAGGUGUCGCGGAAAACGGGCCAUUGUGAAGGAUAGCUUCGGUUUUGUCAUAAUAAACGGGGAGGAAGGCCUGCAAGAGCAAGUGUUUACGUGAGAGAAGGGAAAACACCCACCAAACUCGGUCUGUUGACCGGGUGGAGAGGAAAAGUGUGAGAGCAGCUGGCUUCACCCAAGGCGGGUUGUGGGAGUUUGAAUCUGUGUGUAGUGUUUAUUCGUGGGCCUAUUUGAAAUUCUCGGUCAACGCGGCAAAAAAGUUUCAAGAAAAAUUUAUAUUGCGAAUGAGCUGAAUUAUAACGUGGAAAAAAGUUCUGAAUAGGGAAAAAUCACAACAGCUCUUAAAAGGAAUCGAGGCAUUCGAAGCAGAAAAAAAAGUUGAAGAACUGGGAAGUGUUCUACCAGGACCCGGCGUAUAUGUUUAGAAUAGUAUAAGUGCAUGUUACAGCUCGUGCAGGUGGAUUUGGUGGAUUGACCUUCAAGGUAUUGAUUUUCGCUGCAUCGACGCUCAUCGUUUGCGUAGCCCGGAAGUGAAGAGGAAAUCAAAAACUGCUUUGCAGCGUCACGUGAACUUCAAUGGUUUUGUGAUUCUCUGAAGGCAGAUAAUUAUCGUUUUUCGUCGAUGCCAUAUCCAAUUUAAAUGAUAAGUGGAAAUACGAUUUAAUCAACAGUUUAAUUAGUACCAGUUUAUGACGGGAUAAUCGCGGUGUAAUUUAAUUUGACCAUUUGGAAAAUAAAAAGCGUGUAUUUGCAAACAAGCGACAUAAGGUUCACGAGCAAUCAAAUAUAACCUGAUGGUGAAAAAUCGACGAGAUAAAAAGUUCAUUACCAUAUUUACGAUUGAGUGUGCAUGAUUGCAAAAGCCAAAAAAAAAAAAAAACAACUGGAAGUUUUUUUGCCACUGGAUUGCGCGAGGAAAAACGUGAAAAAAGUUAAUUGAAAAAAUAAAUAAAUAAAUAAACAAGUUGUUUAUCCGUGUGAAAUCCUAUCUGCAUUCGCUUCGGACCGAUCGAUCGCACUGUGCGCCUGUUUGGAUUACGUGAAUUGUGGACUGCAUUCGAGUUGUAUAAGCUAUUUAUAAGAUUUGUCUGCUCGUAAUAUAUACCGAACUUGCUCCAACAAAUCAUGAUGACGCACUCCACCGGCGAUAGUCGAAGUGCGGAAAAAGACGCCUAAUGAAGACUGAAUCCCGAAUCGAUUUUGCUUUUAAGGGGCCAUAAAAAUCUUCUUUCUGAGAGCGGGCAACACAACAGGCAGUUUGUGCAACACAUUACAGGUACAAUAUUGCAACCGGGAGACAAUAAUCAUAAUUAUUCGAGUGUAAAAGCUACCUCGGUAGCUAUUUGUACCUACUGCUGCAACCAUCGCCGGUCGGACUACGGGAGCUUGAUGGGAUUCAGGCGGCUUUAAAACGUACGUAAAACGCUCCGACCGUACCAACCCACAGGUACCGUUGAAAUUCUACAACUUUAUUACACCUUACGUGACACCAGCAAAUGUAAGAUUAAGAUCUCCACGUGACGGAAAUCAUCCAAAGCCUUCAUCCACAAUGAAUAACCCACAUCAACGCAACCGGAAAGACUUGAUACCAAACACGUAGCCAAAGAUGAUGGCAAAGAAGCAUCAUCUCAUCGAGCUCAUUUAGAACUGACUAAUCAGCUUUCCUUUUCCGUCGUGCGUUCUCAACUGGAAACGACUUAGUUCAACCAUCUGUAAAAUACCAUCGAAGCAAUUGAUUCCCUCCCAGCGCCCGGCAGCUUUGACAGGACACAUUUCAACGCGGCACUGUUCACCGUUCCGAAUCGAAGAAAAUGUCGAUCACAGGCUCACUGGUCGGCUACGAAAACAAUAACGAUGUCUCGAAGAAGAACCGCUCGUUGCUCAACAUAACGGCGACCUCGAACGCAUCCUCGAAACAAUGUCAAAGCCUUAACACAAGCAUAUCGAACAGUGUGAUAACAACUGCCAGCGGCCAGUACCGGCACCGGCUGGAUGGCACCGGAGGAAGUUCUUCCGGUGGUGGUGGUGGCGGCGGCAGCACCAAAAAGCCCCGCCGAUUGCAUCUGAACACACUGUGGUCGGUGUGGUAUGGCCUGCUGAUCACACUCCUGCAGGGAUAUCUGGUACUCCAGGGCACUCACCGCUACCUUGGCCUAUCGGCGCUGGUCUGGAAGUAUGAGAAACCGACGACCGAGCUGGAUAUACAAAUAGUGUUCUGUGGAUUGGUGGUAUUGUUCCUGCCCCUGUUACUAGCCGCCGCCAUGUUCCGCGUGGGGAAUCUCGCCAACGAUGGAAUUAAACUUGCGUCCGGCACUAGGCUGUGCUCGUCGGCACCCACCGACGGGCUGGAGGAGGAAGCAUUCGAGGGAACACUACGCGCUCUGUGGAUUCAUGGGGGACCAACAUCCGCAUUCAUACAUAUCAUCACUGCAAUAUGUCUGCUGCUACCGAGACUGCUUCUGGAGGCGAAAGUGAUCGAAAAUGGACUGCUACCCAAAGACGACAUUUGGCGCACCGAUCUGGACUUUAUGGUCACCCAUAGUGAUCGGCUGGUUGUGCUGUCCUUCAUGACUUCCUCCUAUCCGAACACAACUACCAAACCGUCUCGCUUGCCCGAUGCCACCAACGAUGAUUACGACAGAAAGCUAUACCGAAACGGGUACUUCGAACAAAGUGACCUUGUGGAAAAAUUCUCCGCCUACGAAGAAGACGAUGGUGACGAUGAUGACGAAGAUUAUCAGCCCUUCCGAACGCACGAAGCUUUGGAAGCGGAGAAAGAACUUUCACCAUCGUCGAUUUCCAUAUCUACAAUGGAAAACUUCAACGUGAACGUGUUGGAUAAUCCAACGACAAUGCAUACGUUACCACCGGUACGGAACCUUCUGACGACUACUUCAGCUCCAAGUACUACAAACGCUCCAGAAACUACGACCCCAUUACAGCCAUCCACGCGUCCAACGACGACCAAGAAAACCGAACGGAACAAAAACGUUAGCCACAAUCGUAAACAUGCGAACAAAUCGCACAGCAGCGGAAGUCGGAAAGAUAAACAACACCAUCAUCACCACCAGCAUCGACUGGAAGACGUAGAUGCUAGACUGGAACUUCAACCCCAAAGAGAGUUUGACUUCGACGAUGUUGGAGAACACGAAAUUACCACCCUAUUUGAAGUUAACCAUAGCCGAAAAGUUCAACCAUCAUCGAAGAAAACCAGCACAUCUACAACUUCUACCACGUCUACUACUGACGUAACUAAACCUUCCCCAAAAAGCAGUAUAAAGAAAGCAACUCCUACCAAAGACAGCAAUACACAUAUCAUUAAACCGGUGAAGCUUCCGGAGAAUGCCAUACCAUCGACUCCGGUGACGGCCAACUCGAAGAUCAUCGAAAUCCGGCCGAGCACCACGGGAGAAACCUCCAGGAGUACACCGAAAAAGAUCAAACGUUUCACAUCGGAUAACUACAGCAGCGAAAGUUUGGAGAGCUUGGAGAAUAUACCGAGUGUAGACGAAGAUGAGUUUAUUAUCAAGGACGAGAACGGAAUGGAAAUCCGGCCAGCAUUUCUAAUAGGGACCGUCCCAGGGAAUUUAACGACUAAACAGGUUCAACUUGAUGGUUUUGCAGGGUUUUUGCAAUUGUUUCUGAAAGUAGAUCAGCAAUUCAUUUCCAAGCGUUGGACGUCGGUACCUAGCCUGGAGUUCACGAACCUGGCUAUUGCCUUAAUGGUGUGGGCCGUUCGCUACCCGUCCGUUUUUUGGCAUACCUCUAAAAUGUUUGCAUUCAUAUUUAGCUUGCAAAUGAUUGCUAACGGGUUAGACAUCCUGCUGAGUUUCGCCGGUGCCAGUGUACUGUACAAGCUUCAAACUCUCGGGCAAAAUCUACCGUUGCAAGCGCCGGCCUUAAUUUUAAACGGAACAGUCACAAUCGCAUUGACCAUUCUGUCCGUGAUUCUGACAAUAGCUUCGUCGAUGGUACUGUACCUGUACGGCCACGGUAAACUGGCGGUGAAGAUACGCGAUCGUCGACUGAUCACCGAUAAGCAGAGCACUGACGUGUGGGCUUACUUCGCCCAUUGCUCCUCGUUGUGCUUCGUGUUAGCUCUCGCAGUUGUGAAGGCACCUCUCCUACACGACCUAAGUGCUGCCUACCGAGGAAGCUUGGCUGGAGCUGUGUUAUCUGCAGCUCUAGGCUCUGUGAUUCAUCUGUUCCUCUGGAUUGUCCUGUGGCUGUGUUUGACGGCUAAGCGGCGUUGGCAUUUUAAACUGCCACCUCUGGAUGUGGCCGGUACUCGUGCAGGAGUCUCGCAACCACUUCUUCGUGCAGGACACGGAGGUUCUCUGCUUCGAUCGCCGCACGGCAAAGGACCGGGCGGAGAAGGUAACGGCGUAGGCAACAACGAAGAGGAAACCAUCUACUGGCCAAAAAUUGCUCCAAACUCUCCCAAGCUAAAAGUAACCUUCAACGAAGUAACCAGUACGUCAUCCGAUCAUGCCCAUGGCGAACAUGACGGCAAGCGCUAUCCGCCCUGUGGAGCCACGUUACGUAUGUCCAGUGUUACGGGGGAAAUUGAUGACGGAGACUAUGCUACGCUAAGAGGACCUUCCGGUGAUUUGUUGCAACUAGGCGAGUUUGAAGAUCAUCCGCCUCCUCCCGAUGAACUGCUAGUCAACACCGAUCACGCGGAUGAUACUUCGGAGGAGGGCAAACUACUCGCCUGCGUUCGCGAUGACAGUGUAACGUAUGCUUCUACCCGAGAUCUUGAACCACCUAUCACGCGUACCAUGUCACGCGAAGCAUUUUUGCGAUCACCAGAACAGUUGGCAAGUCCUCUGGCCCCAGUAUCCGUUACAGUACACAACAAUGAAAAUCUGGCACCUGGUUCAACACCUCGUUGCUUACGCCGAGCCGAUUCUGGCAUGCCAAAUGAAGCUUUAACUCCGCGAUCCGACACGACCUCAACUGAAAGUUCAACCUCACCACCCGAUUGCCGGGAUGCUCCAUCGGAGACCUCCAGUGGAGUGCACUCAGGCGAAGAACGAGACGAAGUGGUGAUCCGACCACGAUCGGGUCCAUAUAAAUCUAUUAUCAAGCCUCCUCCUCCAGCGAUCCAGGAAGAGCCAUUCGGUCGAACAACUAACAUGAAAAUGUCCAGCUUCAGCAAAGACGCUUCCAGUGCGACUCUUCCUUUGACGCGAGGUUCGACAGACAACCAUCAGGCAUAUCCUCAGUGCAGUACAAUGCCACUUCCAGCUGGUUACCACAACCAACAGCACCACUAUCACUCUCAGUCUUCAUUCACUCCACCGAACUCUUCCUCCCGGCACCAACUCCAGCACACGACCCUUCCCAAUGGGGUUCGCUACUCUUCCAACCAGUUCCUUAAGCGAAUGCCGUACAUCAAAGCGGCUGAAUCGCCCUACGGACACCUUGGCCUGGGUAGCGGUCACCAUACCUUCUCCAAACUUCUGCACGACCCACUGGGAAUGCCCAAUCAGUCACCACCAACACACUCACAGUCAAGCUAUAGCAGCUUCACACCCGUUCCUCCAAUUCCCGAGGAUCGCGACUCCGCAAAUUACUCAAUGAUCUCUGAUCAGGACCGAGACAUGUACAUAAACACGGGCCAGAUCAACUCGCUGCAGCUGCAGAAUUAGUUCGGAAUGGAUCAAACUACUAUAUAAGAAACUAAUCAAAUAGAUCGAAAGGGGAAAACAAACCGCGGGAAUGUUCCCACUAUCACUGUAAUUAUAAAUCAUGUAAACAUAUUAGUGUAGAAAAUUUACCAUUCGACGCGCCUUCUUUCGAUUAAGUUUUACCGAGUAAUUAGGGUUUUCAAUUGAACGAAAACUUAAUGAUAGUCGCACAAUUAGUUUUAGAUGACCGAUAACUUAGUUCAAUUGAUAUUUAGGUUUGUACAUUGGAUUUAUCGAAUACGCUCUAUGAUACUGUAAAUAUUAGAGCUAUGGAUUCUAUUAUAUGCAUUCUAAGUAACAGUGUCGCUUUUUGAAAAAAUGAGUGUGAAAUGCGGCAAAAUGGAAAAGCCUGAAUCGUUCGUGUAUGCGCUUGAAAUAUCGCUGCUUUUGCUUAGACCACCACUAUAGGUAAAUACACAUUCACGAUCGUUUCACAUCAGGAGAAUCUAAAGCUCAAUAUAAUAUUCUCAUUGUUUUGGGAUAUGUUUCAAAGAUUCGUUCUAUAACAUUUACGUUUGAAACUGAUAGUCUCAACCGAGAGGCAAAGAUGGUCUCAAAAGAAACUCAAAACUCACCAAGUAUUAACAUGAUCUAGCAGAGAAGGGAAUCUAAAAUAUCUAAUAGCCUGAUGAGAGUUUCGAAUAUUAGCACGGAUAAAAGAAUACUUGUAGCUAAGUUGUUACGUGCGUUACAAAAGUUCAAUUGGGUUGCGCAAAGGGCGUACACAUCACCUAUCACUUAUUUAAUUCCUAUUACAUGUAUCGAGAAAGUGACCAACUACACUGAAUCAAACACAAUGCCGAUGAAAUGAAAAUCUGUGUUUGUGCUGCAAUCAAAAAUGUUCCUUUAACCGUGUAGCGUAGAUUCUGCUGUUUGUGAUCAGAUUCCUCUGCAAACACAAAGUUUUAAUUUGCAGUUAAUACAAGAUUUCAGUACCUAUGUAUUCAUUCCCAAAUUAAGAUAGAACCAAGGGGUGAGUCGCUUAGCACAAAUCGAAUUGUGCUCACAAACAAAUAGUGUGGUAGCUUGUGCCGCAAUGUGCCACGGUGUGCCACGGUCUGCCAUGGUGUUCAGUAAAACAAAAGUAAUGGUUGCUAUGAGUAUUCCACUACACUUUGUUGACAGUUUUUGAGUUGUCAAAUGUGUGCCUCAUUGUGCCACACAUUGUGGUAACGAGUGAAAUGAUCGUGUAUUACUGUGAAUCGUAAUCUUUUAUCGUGUUAUCGUAGGUGAUACAAUGUGUAUGGCACAUUGUUCUAAGCGACUCACCCCUUGGAUAGAACUUACUCUUGAAAUAGAGCGACAAUCCAAAAUGUUGUCUUCAUACUCCUCGACGGAGAAAACUCCCAGCAACUGUUAUCUGUUGGCCACUUAAUACAGAAGUCCUACAUCCAAAGUCCCUUUGUUGUGUCUCAGCGUAUUUUCAUUGGAACGAUUUUGAAACUAUCUAAUAUAAUUAGCCGCUUCUGCGAGAUCUGGCCGUGUUGUCGUAAAUCCCUAUGCAGCUUUCGAUUUUUUCUGGUGCAGCUGAAGUUGAAGAUACGUAGUCAAAGAUCGCUGUUUUAUACGCAAAAUAACAAAAAAAUAUUUUAUUAUUUGAAUUAUUACGACCACUUUUCAUUCAACUACCUUGAUCCCUAUCCUUUUGCUGGGAUAACUGUCAAAAAUGCUAACCCGUGUGGCUAAAUUCACUGUCAAGGAUGAACGAUAGUGUCAAACGAGGACGUGUUUACAUGUUCGACACCGACCCGCCGUCGAUCCACUCGUUUGCCCGGCUUACUCAAACAUAGGGGCAAUCCCUAGUUUAAGUCCGACUGAGCGGUAGCAAAGUCGGACAGCACGCGCAAAAGCGAUGUGGCGUAGCCUCAUUGGGUGGCGAACACAAAAUAAAAUUGGCAACGCUAGCAAAAUGUAAACACAAAUGAACACCCCGGAUGAACCUAUCGUCAAUUGACAUUUCGACGAGUUUUGAUUCGAGCCAAUAAUAUGGGCCCAUCUUCAGUCUCCAAUUGAAUACUUUAAGGUGACGUCACAAAUGAACUGAGUGUUCAUUUUUGACAGUUCGCUUGUACUGUUUACAUGGACUUAGAAAAACUCUUUACGAUUUGCUUCGAGCGAAUCUUGUCGUCCACAAAUUUUUCUAAGUCCAUGUAAACAGUACAAGUGAACUGUCAAGAAAAGUGAGGUUAACUGUGCCUGUAAAGAACCUAAUAUCAGCCCCGUGAAAACUGUUUGUUGCCUGAAGCUGCCACAAAGUGCCAGUUGCGCUAGCUACGCUUCAAAUGUUCAAGGUCUGUUCACAUGAACUGUAUAACACUGUUUAAAAGUUGGAAUCAAAACAAGUAAUUAAUAACAAUAUAUGAGAAUUCACGCUAUCUCUUGCAUCGCUUCUUCUCCACAAAAUCCGAACGCUUUUAUAACCUGAGUACCAGUUAAGCACAUCAAAAUGAAGUUUGUUUGCAUUCGAAAAUUUUCAGGUCGAGUUAAGAACAUUGGCUCGUAGCAAUGUGAACGUUGCUUAAAGCGCGCUCGCUGUCAUUUUUAACAACUAGCCGAGCCAGAAAGCCAGCUUAUGUUGGCUUCAAUUAUUUUACAAAGAAACGUCAAAACCACCAAUAACAUAAUUCUUUCGAGUCUCUCGAACGUACAGGGAAAAAUUACUUGCAUUGUUUUUGAAUUCAAGCUUUUUUGUGAACGAAUGAACUUCCUGUAACGUAUUCAGUCAGACUAUUCGCGAGUUCACGAGUGCUUGCCUUGUAUCGCGGUGACUGAUCCGAAAGUUUCACCAAACUCCAUGUAUUGUACUUCACCAUGAAUCGAUUUCGUCCUACGUUUGGUCUUCAUAGACUUAAAAAAAAUUGUGGACGACUAGAUUCGCUCGAACAAAAUCGUAAAGAAUUUUUUCAACUCUAUGUAAACAAUGCAAGCUAAUUGUCAAAAUUAAACACUCGAGUUUAUUUGUGGCGACAAUGUAAAAUAUUCAAUGGGCGCACUGCCAAUUCGAGUUGGGCUUCCACCGAGGGUCUGCCUCAAAGAGAAGAAGAGCGUAUCCGCACAAGAUAACGAAGAGUCGCAGAUUUGACAGACGCAAAACUGAUUCAAAAUAAUCUGCAUAAAGGUGCAUGCAUGUGUGUACAAUAAUAUUAUUGGUGGCAAACGCCUUGAGAACCUCAAAAAGGAUGAAAGUACUAGUUUCUACAUUCAAAACUUUGUUUAAAUUAAUUUCGUUUUUAAUAAUCUCUUUUUUUGAGAAGUGAAGUAGUAUUUACUAGAAAAACUCAUAGUAAGAGAACUGCCGGGAAAAAACAGCAUUUUUGGCAACGUAUGCCCCGGCAUUGUAUGGCAACACGUCCAAUGUUAUAAGGAUAGGCAAUGUUCGAUUGGAUUCGUUUUUGACAGCUAAACGCGAAUCCAACCAACCCAAAAUGCAGUCUCCGCAGUUCUCUUUCUAGAGUAUCGCUUACCUAUGCCUAUAGCUUAUCUGGUAUCAUCUGGAGUUUUCACGUCAUUUGCACUUUGACAAAACCAAAAUUGACAAGACCAUAAUUUGAUGUUGGAACGGUCUAUCCCUGAGAAUGAUCAAACUAAUGGAAAUCCCUCGCCUUCCACCAGUGAUGAACCUGGGGUUGGAUGUUGUUGGCUCGAAUUAAAACCAUUAAAACUCGUCAAAUGUAAACAAAGUUCAUUCCGAGCGUCAAACUGACGUCCAGGUGGCAGGUAGCAAAAUGUAAGCACAAAUGAACACACCGGAUGAACCUAUUGUCGGUUGACAUUUCGACGUGUUUCGAUGCCAUCCAUGUGCAGUUGUGUUAGUGCGAGAUUGAGGUUAAAUCUGGUGGAUUUUUUUCAAAUGAAGUUAAAUCAGAUAGCGAAUCGUAUACAACGCGUUACAUGUAUGUUGUCUAUACGCAUAUUGCAACUGUGUUGGUUUCCUAGACAUCAAAUAAGUCAAUAAUUGACUCAUUUGACGUCUAGGACACCAACACAGUUGCAAUGUGUAUAGAACAUUGCAUGGAAAUGUAUAACCUCACUUUUCUGACGGUUCAGAGGGCUUUUUUACAUGAACUUAGAAAAUAUUUGAUUUCUCCCAGCACGAAACUUAGUUCGUAUCGGUUUUAAAUUCUAAGACCAUGUAAACAAGCUCGCUGAACUGUAAUUUUUUCGAGCAUUUUUACUCAUGUGACGUCAUCUUGCAAUGUCCAAUAGACAUAUAUAUUUAUACGAAAUAGGACACGCACGCAGCGACUUUCCACCUGAUUUAACGUAAUAUGGCAAAAAUUCCACCCGAUUUAACCUCAAUCUCACACUAACACAACUUCACGUGGAUUAGUCAAUAGGAACUCGAUUUAAUUUACCAAAUAAUCAACGCCAAAGUUGAUCAGACGGACUCGGAUCACGCAUACUUUAUUGUUUCUUCUUCAUACUACACAUAGCCUUGGGACACUCCACGAAACUAAAAUAACAAAGAGACGCUAUUUUCCGUUUGGAAUUUCAAUUCAGCUGCAGAAGCCUAUACCUGAAUUCAAAUUCCUAACGGAACAUGUCUUCUCUUUGUUUUUGUAGUCUCUUUACAAGAAACCAACGUCUCAAGCUGCUACUAUCGCACUAAAGACGCUGAAUCCCUCUGGUUUACCAUUUAUCUUCACAAUGUUCUAGUUAUUUUACGUCGGCCUAUUUCCGCUACCGGGGCCAAACACCGACGCCAGAGAGGUAACUCCACCAUCUGAACUAGAUAUCGACCCAUGGACAUCGGCUGGGAUUGAAUCUAGACCAACUGGGGUGAAUGGCGGUCAUGCUAACCACCGGUGCCGUCUAAUUAUUUUCCUUGAUUGCCUUGUACACAGCUCUCCUGGGUUCGAUUCCCAACUCCGCGCAUAAGGUUAGAUUUUCCUAACCCGCAAAAAGUGACGAAUGACUUUUAUAAUCAAAAUAAAACAAAUAUUUUGCGAGCUGAGUUGGACCAAUGUGGUAGGGCAACAAGGUUUUCACCGGCAGUCGGAAGAAAGUAAAAUUGACAUGACAAUAAAAGAGUAAUUAAUAGGAAGUAUAGCCACAGAUAACAGAUAUUCAGGCUAGAAAAAGUCCCUUAGAAACCUUUUUAAACUUUCAAAUUGAAGAACGUUGGAGUUCAGUGUUUCACUAUUGCCAUCUAUGUAACUGUUUGUUACACGUAUUUGACAGCUGCACUCUAACAGCAUUGCAUCGAUCAUUGCGUCACCUACAAACGUUGUGUUUCAGACGUCUGCUUCAUUUUAAACGUCUGCGACAUUUUUGCCACUCUUUAUAAAAUGGUUAAGAAAAAGAAUUUACAACCUUCUGAAGCUUUAAGGGUUGAAUAUUAUUACUGUAUCAUUUAUGGCGUUUUUGCUUGAACUCUAAACUGAUGUCGUUUUUGCUUGAAGCCAGCGAUGCCAGAUUUACAGACAUGUCUGUAUUUUACAGACUUUUGAUAGCCUCCUACAGACGUAACCAGAGAUCUGCAGACUUUUAAAAGGGUAAUAGUGUUUAGCAAAAUUGCACUAGAAUGACUGUAUUCGAAUACGAGUGAUUCAUUCUUAAUGGAAUUCUGUUUCCAAUCUACUUUUAAAGUAAUAUUCUAGUGUAACUAGGAUUUGCACAACCAUCUACAGACUUUUACAGACAUUUUAAUUAUUCGUCUACAGACAUUUCAAAAAAACAUGUGGCAUCACUGCUUGAAGCGAAACUGAGUCAGUUUCUAACCCCAACUGUUGUCAAAAUGUAUGAACUGACAGCGGUUGGGGUUAGAACCUGACUCAGUUUCGGGUUCAAGCGAAAACGCCAUGAGUCAGGUUCUAACCCCAACCGCUGUCAGUUCAUACAUUUUGACAACAGUUGGGGUUAGAAACUGACUCAGUUUCGCUUAGGGUUGCCACCUCUGGAGUAGCUUUGACCCGGAGAUUUUCACUGACCUGGGAGAUGGUAGAAUAUGAGUGAAACUAGACAGACAUUGAAAUCAAAGUGAUUGCUCGACAUUUUAGAACGCUUUCGUCGCUUUUUAUUACCUAAUGAUCUAAGAACAGUAAAAUAUGUACGCCUUCAUUACCAAAAUUGUCUCACAAUCACCAUAGAGUGUUGCCAAACUUAUUGCGCACCACUCUUACAUGGCGUUAAAAGAAAGCUUUACAAUUUUUUUACAUUUGAGAACGGUUUUGUCGGUUUAAUUAGCAUUUCACUUCCCCGGCUAAGGGCCCAGAAUACAAAAGCACCAGCUAUUCUCGCUGUGGUAGAUAAAUCGAAUGAGCAUUGCUCUACUUCACAACUAACAUUGGAUUGUUGGAUAUUCAUUACCAGAGGUCCCAACAAAAGGGCAAAACUCACGUCCCUAGCCAACAGUUAAAGGUCGCUGCAGGAGUAGCAACAACACCGGAAAAAUUCGUUUGAUGUUAACCUAGCCAGUUGAAUUAGAACAAAUCCGCCAUAUCUUGGUGCAGCUGUCGAUAAGCACCACCAACAGUGAAGUGAUCUGGUAAAAUUGCUGCAAAAAACCAUUUUAUAACAAUUUAAUCGAAGUAAUGGGAUGCAAAAUUUCAAUUGUAGCAUAUAGCGAAAUAUUACUUUCCUUAAUUUGAAGUAAAUUUGAUUUGUUUUUCAUUUUCAUUGGUUUGCGAACGAAAUCCGCAAUGUUUGGUGAAAUCCUCUUCGUCGCCUUGAAACGAAGGGUUGGUCGGACAAAAUAAAUCUGAACUAGCGCGCACAGAGACUUUUUAAAUAUUUUGCAAAGACUAAUUUCAAAAAAGUUAAAAUUAUGCUUCUUCCCAACCAACCCGGAGAAAUUGAUAUAAAACCCGGAGAUCGCUCCCGAAAACCGGAGAAUCUGAGUGAAACCCGAAGGGGUGGCAACCCUAGUUUCGCUUCAAGCAAAAACGGCAUUACAAAGUUGAGCUCUAUCGAUGUAUGUAUUAGGAGAAGAAUUUUAUUUUUAAUUUAAUUUUAUCAAAAACAAAUAAAGUGUAUCUACCGUAAACCGUGUGACAUUGAUCACUCUACAUAUUUUUGGACGCAAAACAUUUUCCAAUAUUUAAUAUUUUUAAACCAUGUACUGAUGUAUGAAGAAUAAGAUCGGAUUGUUCCACCUGAUAUUGCUCUCUUAGUAAUAUUUUUCCAAAAAUGAUUUCAAUUCAAAUUCCAUUUUCGUAGUCCAGGUUAACUUUGAUAACUUCUAUGGUCACUCACAAGUUCCUGGUGGCAAUGUUUUUAUUCUGUUUGUUUAAACUAACUCUGGAAUGAUUCUAAUUGUAAAACAGAUGUCAAUCUGCAUUUGUCAAAGUGUUUCAAUAUACUGUAACAUUCGAGUCGUUAAAUUCGCUAAUUCAAUUCUUAUUAGAAUAAAGAA